CUGAUGGGAGAUGUGAGGAGCUGUUAGGACCACGUGGCCCUCGUCUGAUCUCACAGCUCGUCCUUGUUUGGCCUCAGCUGCAUCAGAGCUCCACUUCUCCCCAGGUUCCCCACAGGAAACACCACGGAACAAAAUGCUUCUCCUCCCAGCUGCUGCUCUGUGCUGUCUGGGUUCAGCGCUGGCUGCCAUGGCAACACAGCUGAUUCAGGAGGAUUUAACAUUGACCAGGAGAGUUGGUGGAGACGUCUCCUUCAGCUGUCGAGGCACUGAGAAGUGUGAUGGUAGUUUUGUAAACUGGUUCCAGAAGAGAGACACAGAAACAUUCACAAGGAUUCUGCGUAUUAACCGGCCUAAUGGUGGCAUAGAUAAGAGAUACAAUCAUCCUCAGGAAGAUGAUUUCUCAGCUGUGAAUAAACAGAACGGCUGGGAGUUGCAGAUCCAGAAAGUUAAACUGGAUCAUUCAGCCUCCUACUACUGCUCCUGUUGGGUCCCACACCCAGGACGAUGGUACUACUUGAUCUUUGGCUCUGGAACUAAACUGGUUGUAACAGAUGAGCCGGUAGUGAAGCCCGUGGUGAGCGUGUACCCAGCAGCACCCAGAGCCCCCCUGGAGGGGAAGAGCUCCCUGCUGUGUCUGGCCUCAGCCAUGUUUCCUCCUCUGGUCCAGUUCUCCUGGAAAAGACGAAGGGAGGACGGUCCUCUGGAGGAGCUGCCCCCUGCUGAGGGAGAGCAGCUGGAGAUCAGAGAGUCGGGACGCACCGCCGCCAUCUUGAUGCUCCAUCAGCAAGAGAACAGCACGUAUAAAUACCGCUGCUACGUCCACCAUGAGGGGGGGACAGUGGAGGCCCACACAGAACCAGAGGUUCCAGCUCCAGCAGCCUCCUGUCCUCCAGAGAGAGAUCCACCAGACCAGCUAGCUCUGCAGCGAGCUGACUCAUCCUUCCAGUUGCAGUACCAAGUGAAGUUGUUCUGUCUGCUGUACACACAGCUGAUAGUGAAGAGUCUGGUGUUCUGCUGUGGACUCUCCCUGCUGAUGAUCCUCAGAAACAAGAGACCGUCCACCAAUUGCAAAUAUGAAGACUGAUUUCUGCUCAU